AUGAAGCUCUUCCUCAUUCUGGCGGCGAGUCUAUUCGUUAUCUUCGUCAGUGCCACUCCAGCAGCGCCUAAACUCAUUAGCAAAGACCCCACGCCCGCCGAUGAACACGUAAAACUAAACUACUUUGACGAGCAAGGAAACGCCAUCGAUCCUUCAGAUCGCCGCCACGACCACGCAACGUUGGAGAUGUGGCUGGGCGGCAACCCAACCAACAUCGGCGACCUCUUGAACGGAGACCUAUACAACGCAAUAUGGCAGUCCCUCAACACAACCUGUCCCGACAACGAUCAUCACUCUUGCAUGCCAGGUUCAAGCAUGGGCUUUGCUACGAGCUACCUACGAGACGACGGAAGGAUCGAGCAAGGCAAUACCACAGUCUUCAUCCACAGCGCAAUCUGGACAACAAAUCAAGUCCGCAAGCUACUCUUCGGCGCCAUAGCUGGCGCAGUCGAAGGCAUGGCUAACGAACAGCGAAACUGCUACGACGCGCCGGACAGGACGUUCCACAACGUGAGCGACCGAGUGAAAGUAUACUUUCCAGGCGCUUCGAUGCACGUUCAGAUUGCUGGGCCUGCGAGUAAAGGCUCGUUUGACUGCUGUGCGAGUCGAGCUGCGAUUGAUGGGAAGGUUGAUGAGUUGAGGACGGAGGCGGAAUCUGCGUUUGAGACGAAGGGGAAGACGUAUCGGAUUGUGAGGUGUAUUGGUGGGACUGGCGGUUGCUGA